GUUUAUUGGAGACCGUGAGUGUAUUAACGCGGGUUUUUCAUAUAUUUUUUUUACGAAUAUUUGUUUGAAACGUAUAAAUAUUUUCAUGUUGUAGACCAUGCUGAGAAUCAUACAAUAUCUUGUUUUGGUGUCAAUUCCAUUUUCAUUGGCAGGCGUGAUAGAUACAUCACCGAAAUGCGGUUAUGAGAGCUGUCCGAAGACAAAAGAUGGUUUUCUCAACGUACAUUUAGUUGCGCACACGCAUGAUGACGUCGGCUGGCUGAAAACUGUCGACCAAUACUAUUACGGGAGUCGUAACGGAAUCCAAAAGGCUGGUGUUCAGUACAUUUUGGACUCAGUCAUCAAGGAACUGUGGGAGAAACCUGACCGAAGAUUUAUCUACGUGGAAACCGCCUUCUUCUGGAAAUGGUGGUCAAAACAGACAGACUCCAUACGUCACAAAGUCCACGCGCUGGUGAGGGAGGGACGCCUGCAAUUCGUGGGCGGUGCUUGGAGUAUGAACGACGAAGCAGCCGUUCAUUACCAGUCCACGAUUGAUCAAUUCACGUGGGGAUUGCGAAAAUUGAAUGAUACAUUCGGCGUUUGCGGUGUACCGCGAGUCGGUUGGCAAAUCGAUCCGUUCGGUCAUUCCCGGGAAUUCGCUUCCCUGUUGGCGGGAAUGGGCUACGAUGGGCUGUUUUUGGGCAGAAUCGACUACCAAGAUAAGGGGAACAGGUUGAGAAUGAAGAAUAUGGAGACGGUGUGGAGGGGAGACGAUGUUUUGGGUAAAUCAUCGGACAUAUUCACCGGAGUAUUGUACAACACAUACUCCCCCCCGCCUGGUUUCUGCUUCGACGUUUUGUGCAAUGACGAGCCGAUCAUUGAUGAUGUCGAAUCGCCGAUGUACAACGUUGAUAAGCGGGUGUCAGACUUUUUGUCAAUAAGUCUGAACAUGUCACGAGUGUACCGCUCUCAAAAUAUCCUGGUCACAAUGGGGGAAGACUUCCAGUAUCAAGAUGCGGCUAUGUGGUACAAGAAUUUGGACAAACUUAUACAACAUGCCAAUCUAAAAGCGGCUAAAGAAGGUCAGAACGUGACCUUGUUCUACUCGACACCGGAUUGUUAUCUCAAAGCUGUAAAGGACGCCAAUCCAACUUUGCCGACGAAGCAGGACGAUUUCUUUCCGUAUGCGAGCGAUCCUAACGCGUUCUGGACGGGUUAUUUCACAUCGAGACCCACAACUAAAUAUUUCGAGAGGGAGGGCAAUAAUUAUUUGCAGGUGGCAAAACAACUCCUAGUGUUGGCCAAUUUGGAGGAACACAACAUGUUUGUGCUGGACGAAUUGAAAAGUGCUAUGGGCGUCAUGCAGCAUCAUGACGCGGUGACAGGAACUGAGAAACAGCAUGUAACGCAUGAUUACGAGAGACUUUUGGAUCAGGCUAUUGAGGACUCAUUGCUCAUACCAAGACAUGCUAUCAAUAAAAUAACACAAGGCGACGCCCCGUCUCCGCCCGUACUGAACAUGGACCGGUGUAAAUACAACGAGUCUAGUUGUAUAACGUCCGAACGCGCCGACAAUUUGGUGGUAACUAUAUAUAACCCGCUAGCUUGGGAGGUCACUGAACCCAUCAGGAUACCAGUGGUCACGCGAAAUAGUCAGACCUAUGAGGUGUAUGACCCUAAUGGUAAAAUAAUUCAAAGCCAAUUACUGCCCAUCGCUAAUGCAGUCAUAAACAUACCGACACGAAAAAGCACAGCUAACAAUGAAGUCCUAAUCAUGCCGACUUUACCGCCAUUAGGAUACAGAUCUUAUUAUCUAAAAAAAACCAAUUCAAGAUCAAAACGAAACACUAAAAAGUCAAAAGAAAUAAAUUAUUACAACAUGAACGACUAUUGGAAGAGUAUUCACGAAGAAAAUGUGAUUGAUAUAAAAAAUAUUGAUGAUUCCGAUGUUUUGAUAGUGAAAGGUGAUAUACCCGACGCUCCAGCUAAAGAUUUGGUGAGGAAUGUUAAUGUGGGUGUCAUAGAUUUUGGCGUUUUGAAAGACAGAGACAGUGUUAAAGAUGUUGAGGAAUUCGAGAAGUUAGUUGAAGAGGAAUUGGCUCUGAGGAAAGAUGUGAAAGAAAUGAGCAGAAGAGCUAAAGAUGCUGUUUUUCCGAAAUUGAAUGAUGAAGAAAUGAGGAUGCUUUCUGAUGAGCCACAAAUUGUUGAGAUGGUCUCCGAUAGCGUAAUGCAGGUUGAGCCCGCUCAAAUAUCGGUCGGCGAUUCUGGUAUGACAUAUCAGGAGAAAGAUACAACAGUUGCCAUUGGCUAUUAUUACUAUCCAGGUUGUGUUGGUGAUAAUCGUGGAGCCAACAGGUCUUCUGGUGCUUACAUCUUCAGACCCAACGCUACGGAACCUGUAAAAGUCAAUAUUAAACUAGAUGGGUACAUAAGCGGCCCUAUAGUAAGAGAAACGCGAGUAAGCGGCGACAAUUUCGCUAGCACGCUAAGAUCAUACGACAAUUACUUCGAAAUGGACACUGUGGUCGGCCCUAUAGAUGUCAACGAUGAUACAGGCAAAGAAUAUGUAGUUAAAUAUACGACAAAUAUUAUUAAUAACGGCGAGUUUUACACAGAUUCAAACGCUAGACAGUUGUUGAAGAGAAAAUUGAAUCAGAGACCGCAAUGGAACGUGUCACUGGAAGAGCCGAUAGCUGGCAAUUAUUAUCCGGUCACUAAUUUCAUUUCUAUAAGUGAUGAUGGUAAAAAAUUCGCUAUAGUUACUGAUAGAUCGGAAGGUGGCACGUCUUUGUCUGAAGGUGAAAUUGAAUUAAUGUUACACAGACGAUUGUUACAUGAUGACGCUUUUGGCGUCGACGAAGCGCUGAAUGAAACUGCUAACGGUGUAGGUCUGGUCACAAGAAUAACUCAUAGAGGUUUGAUAAACAGGAAUGCUCAUGAUGUGAGAAAGGUUGCGUUGCAAAUGAGUUUACAUCCCAGAGUUUUUGUAUCUGAUCCCAAAAUGAGCAUGAAGAAUUGGUUGAAUUUAAAAAAUGAAUACAGUUGGUUGAAUAAUAAAUUGCCUGAUGGUCUCCAUUUGUUGACUUUGGAACCGUGGCGUGAAGAUCUUCUGUUAAGAUUUGAAAAUAUCAACGAAGUUGAAUCUUCAUUGAAUGUGGAUUUGGAUAAAUUGUUUAAAAAUAUCAAAGUCAAGUCUUUGGAAGAGACGACUUUAGCGGCGAAUAGAUUGUUGAAAGAUUAUAAAAAAUGGGAAUGGAAGACAGAGAACAGAUUUUCGAGGAGUUUCAAUGAGAAUUAUGGUAAUUUCAAAAACAAAAUAUUAUCCGAAGAUGCUGAUUUGAAGAAUGAAGAUGACGGGCUUAAAAUUAAUUUGAAAUCGAAGCAGAUUAGGACUUUUAUUGUUAAAUAUGAUUAUGUGUGAUUUGUAUUUUUAUGUUAACUAAUAAACAUUAAUUUUUCGUCUAUAUUAUCUCAAUUGAAAUAAAUUACAAUAAAAAAUAUCUAGAUGCGGUUGUUAUACAUAUAUUUUGUAUCACUUUGAAUAUGAAAUUCUCAAAAGUAAAUUUAAAACAAACAUGUGUUUUUAAAGUAUUGUAAUAAAUAGUGAAGUUAGUUUUUAUUUUUUGCAAUGGCGUAUUUUCAUAGAACUAUAAAUAAUUUUUCUUAUAUACCAAAGUGUAUAUUUUUUCCCUAAAUUACUGCUUGCAAUGCUGGCCAAAGCGACAUGACUGACCAGGCAAAUAAAAAUCCCAUGAAUACCUAUAUUACAAAAAGUUAUCGAACUAAUUGUAUGUGCUGAAAAUCGAUAAGGGGCGCAAUGUGAAUUAUAUUAAACGUCUCAAAAGCAAAUAUUAAAUGCUAAUUUAUUUUUAUUUUCCCAUAAUUUAAGUUUGUAUAAAAAUGUUUAGAAAAAUUAUUUCAUUCACCCGUUGUUUAUUUUUGGCAUCUGUCUAAAAAAUUCUUAUCGAAGCUAUGUAAGUAUUGCUAUUUUAUGAGAGAAUUUUUAAUAAAUAUUUUUAGAAAA